CAGGUCAACAAGCAGUUGCUCUAGUGAUUCGGUCGUGUUUUGUGGUACCAGGUUCUGUACCUUCCGCGGUUAUCUCACUAAUCAAUGUAAUGUUGUAAUACCCGAUAACGAAAUAGUUAGGUUAAAAUUAAAUUAUACCUAUGAAAAUAGUUGCAGUGGAAAAUAUUUAGAAGCUAAACAUUCUUGUUUAUCAACAAAUGUGAUUGUUGACUAGAACUCUUAAGGCGCGGCUUAUAGAAUAGGAUACGUUCUAUUUUGGGUACUGGACUUUUCCUUUAAUCUGGAAAGAAGUUAUUUUUAUCUAGCUUUUACUCCAGCAGGCGAACGCCAACCCUGUUUUCCUUGACAUACAGUAUUCAUUUCAUUCACUUCUCCUGUUGAGAUCAUCUUUCUAGUGAUAAGUGCCACAGGUGUGUGACUUGUAUCAAUAACAUAUAGGACAUCAAAUUAUUUAUCAAGAGAGACAUCAUGGUUGACACACUUACAGAAAGCAUUAUUAUGACCCCUAAGGCUAAAACUGCCAAUUCAACAACUAUUGUGAUUGAAAGAAAAGCUAUUGCUAAUGGUAAACCAAAUGGAAACAAUGUCCAUGUCGCAGGAGGAGAUCACAAAGGGAUUGUCAUUAACAAAGUGGCAACUGUAAAUGAUACAGAGGAAGCAGGUGUUCCUGAGAUUUCCCUGCAGUUUCUGGUUUUUCUUAUUAAUGGUCAGACUGGUUUACAUACUCAGGAAAGUAGGAAAUUGUUUUUUUGGUUUAAACCAAAUGUUCCUAUUCAUGAAAGACCUACUGUUGCCCAGGAGUUCUUUAAAGAAUUAGUCAGCCCUUUGAAGUUUCCUAGAGAUUAUGUGGGAUUCAUAAAAGUCAUCAUGAAACUAAUGCAAAAUGUUUAUCCAACUAUACGUAAAAUAGAAGUUGAACUUCGGCAAUUGGGAAUGCCAAGGGAGUUGCCAGUCAGGCCAUUGUCGACGGAUGACAGCAUCUUAUCAAAAGAGGUGCCGUUGACAGAAAAAAAGAUUUUGGAACUCAUUGAAGCAGCCUAUCCUCAUCCCGUAACAAUUGAAGAUUUAGCUAAAGAUCAUGGAUGGGAUGAAGCACUUGUACAGAAACACGUGGAAAGCUUGAAGGAAAAAGGUUUAGUAAAAGCAAUGGAUCACGGCGCAUUUACUCGUAUUAUUCAACAUGAGAAAGAUAUCCAGAUAGUGAAGCAAAUGCCCACAAUAAUCCGGUCAAAGCAGCCUACAAUAGCUAUAAUUACAGCUCAGUAUUGUGAAAAGUUGGCAGUGGAUUCCAUGUUAGAAAAUAAAGAAACAUUCGUAAGAUAUACUACUGUCGGAACGAAUCAAACGAACAACGGUACAUUCCCAACUCCGACAUCAACUGUAGUAAAGGGAACACGGUUUGGUGAAUCAAAUGUGUAUACUCUUGGAAACAUUGGACAUCAUAGAGUGGUAUGUACCAAACUGCCCACGUUAGGAUACACUCGUGAAGCCAUUACAUCUGCUGGAAAUACUACUACCAGGCUGUUAGGUACUUUCCAAAUGGUCGAUAAUGUUUUUGUUGUUGGCGUCGGAGGCGGUGUUCCUCAUUACACUGAUUACUCCAGGCACGUCAGGCUUGGAGAUGUGGUUGUUUCUGCUCCUGACUCUCCCAGCGGGUUUGCCUACACUUAUUGUGAGAAAGCAAAUAUAGAAAAAGAUGGUUCAUAUAAUUUUGAAAUUAAGAAGUAUAACCCUAUUAAUGACAUCAUCCAAGAAGUUGCAAGAAAGAUGAAAGAGCAGGAUGAGAAAUCUGGAGGUAGUUCCUGGUUGCAUUUUAUGGAAGAAGGCUUAUCCCACCUCGGUGUUCAAAGCGAACAUGACUUCAUCAGACCGUCUGGAGACACUGAUAAACUUUACAUGCCCAUUGGAGAAAAAGAUCUGAUUGAGGUUGCACACCCACAACCACUAGAUGCUACUGAUUCUUGGGAUGAAGAAAAGCCUCGGCUGCAUGUAGGUCCUAUUGGUAGUGGAAGAGAUGUUUCCCGUGAUACCAAAUUAAGAGAAGAAUUUUGUCGUAAAGCAGGACUUCUUGCCCUCGAUUUCGAAUCGGAUUGUGUCGUAGAAUCAAUUGUUGGAAACAGAACCCUAUCGUGGGCUCUUGUAAGAGGUGCAGCUGACUACAAGGAUGGUAUUCGCCGCAGCCCGUGGCAGCCCUACGCAUCCCUGGCUGCAGCUGCAGUUGUCAGGUCUAUUAUUGCUAACAUGCCGACCGCUCAAGAGGAUGACUAAGGAGGUCACUUUUCUAGUUAGUUUUAGUAUCGAUACACCAAAAGAUUGUAACUCUAGUGAGGUUAAUUAGAAUACUUUUUAUCCUCUUAAUUUUUAAUUAUAAAACUUCCAAUUUUUCAUUAUUAGUGAAAAAAUUUCUAUUUUUUUUUUUCAACAUAAUCUGCUCCAACUCUAGAAAUUUAGGGUAGUCAAAGGAUUUUCGAAUUAAAUCUAUUUAGAUUAGAUUUCAAUAUAUAAAUUAGAGUUUUAUUAUUAUUACUUUUUAAUUCUUGAAUUUGAUACGGUUUUUUUAAAAAAAAAUUUAAAAUGAUUUUAGAGAAAAAUUUUUAUUUUAGUUUUCUUUCUAAAAAGACAACCAACUUAAAUUAUUUUCAUUUUGUAUUUUAUCAUAUACAAUUACUAUCAAUAUUAAUGAAAUAGUAUCG